ACCCCACGGGGAAUGGCCCCUGGCUCUCCGGGCUGCGGACACGGCGGCAGCGGGGACCCGGACAGCGCCCGGGGACGGAGCCGCCCGGGAGGAGCGGGCUGUGCCUCUGCGGCCUGACCCCGGGGAGCGGCAGCGCUUUGAGCUGUUCUUGGGGUUGGGUUUGGGCGCGGUCAGAGCGUGUGUGUGUGCCAGGAGCUCCUCAGCGAGCUGCUCCUGGAAGUGCUGUCCUUACAGCGACCGAACGGCAUCAGCUGCGGCUGGAGUCGCUCCGGACAGCAAUACCCCAUGGCACUGAAACAACCAGAGAAGAGCCCACUUCCCUCCCAGAUUCUGGGUCUCAGUGACCUUCCAAGAGCUCCCCAUGAAGUGCCACUGCCUGGGUGCCACAGGAAGAGGAUCAAAGAGACUGAUUCAGCCUAUGUCAGGCUGGCAAAGCAAGGAGGCCGACCUGACCUACUGAGGCACUACACUCCUGUGGUAAUGAAGUCCCCUCCAGCAGCAUAUGCUGCCCCUGACUGGUUCACACACUGUGCCAGUCCUGCAGGGAUUGAGAAGCCACGGAGCUGUGUUUCCUCUCUACCAGAUUUUAUGGUUCACAGAGAGUUUGUGGCUGGUGACCAUCAUGGUAAGAGUUAUGAGAGAAGAAGAGGGCCCUUUGAGUUUGAUACAAAAAAUGUUUGGCAGCGGGAAGCUGAGGACAAAGAAAAUGCAGAGAAAAAGAAGAUUUCUCUAACACAGGUAAAGCUUCCACCUAUAAGCCCUAAAUAUCCAAGCAGAAUGCCAACUGUUUCUACAAAGGACUUUAGUGGAGAAAAUAAGCUUUCCUUGCCACCCAUGCCUGCUGAGAGAAAAAUUGAAGCAGUAAAUUUUAGCAAAUUAAUAAGUAAUGGUUAUGGGACUGACUGGUUGCAGCAGUGUACUGGAUGGGAAAAAAAGAUUGAAGAAACAUCAAAAAAUAGUGAUGACUCUGAAGAUUCAGAACACUCUGAAUCACCACCUGCAAGCAAUGAGUUAAAAGCCACUGUUUCAGGGAUGUAAUAAGUAACUUGAAAGAUUCUUGGGGAAACUAAAGCUUUGUAUUGCUUAUUUAGCCCACUAUUUACACAUUGGCUAGAUUAUUUUUGUAACUUAACGCAUCCCUGAUUGAGAUGUUUUCGAGAUGGAUGAACUUCCUUGGGCUUGAUUGCAGCAAAUUUUGAAGAACCGACAACA